AUGCCGCCGCUGCAAAGGCUCGCUCUCUCACACACACACCGGGGGGAGGCGAGGCGGCUGGUACCCAACUUUGAGGCAUUGCUGCAUGAAGGAUUUCCCGGGGAUUCGCGGGAAACACCGACCCCGUCCGCCGCACCGGCAGCCCCGCACCGCCUCUACGGCGCCCGCCUCCCCCCUCCCCGGCCCCCCCGGCGCGGGCGAUGCCUCCGUUCCCCAGCGCACGCCGCGGCGGCGGGCAGGCAGGCUGCUCUCUCCGGGAGGGGGGGGGGAGGCGGGGGUUUCCUCCCGUGCACGCCGCGCCAGGCAACCCGGCGGUUCAGCCUGCCGCCGCUCCGGCCGUGCCGUGAACAAGGCUGCCGGAGGAGGCAGCGGUGGAGGGAGCCGCAAACCGGGCUCUGCCGCAGAAACCCCCGGGCCCGCGGGCAGACGGGGCCGCCGGCGAGAGCCCGGCCUCCCUCCCUCGCCCACCCGCCGCGGUAUCUCCCUACCCAGGCCGUCCGCGCCAUUUUAGAGACAGACACACACACACACACACGCUCACCCCCACACACACGCACACGCACGCACGGGAGCGAGGUUUCCGUUGCUGCUGCCAGAGACAACAGGCAGCAGCCGAGCCCGGGCUGCGAAGGAGGAGCAGCGGCAGCAGCAGCGGGAGAGGGACAGACACACACACACACGCACGCACGCACACCCACGCACCGCGGGCCGGGCAGAAAUGUGCAUUUCAGAAAUCCCGGAGCACGGCCCCCGUUUCCUUCCUCCAGCCCCGCCGCACCCCCCCCCGAGGGGGGGGUAGUAGUGAUUAAUGGGACGUACGCCCUUGGUUUCCCUCCGGCCACCCCGGCGCACCGCUCCCCAGCGCGGAGCCGCCGCGGCACGCCGGGCGGGGGCGGUCCCCCCACGCAUCCGUCGGGGACGUUGGGAGAUAUUGAUCACGGACGACUUCAUUUUGCAUAAUUGCGGCUGACAGGGCCUGUGGUUCCCUCAUUUACGGAGCAACAGCUUCGAGGGGCUGAUGGAUGGGGGAGCGGCUCCCCCUGCUUCCCCCCAAACCACCCACCCGGGGGGGAGGGGGGGGGGCGGGCGGCGGCUCUGUGCCUCAUGCAGCAAAUGGCCGGCGCACAACAGCGAAAUAUUAAACUUAGGUGCCUCCGUCUCUCGCUUUACCUAGCACGGCCGGCCUGCAAACCUCCCGCUCCCCGCAGGGCUUUGUCUGCACAGCCGCGGCGGGGCUGGGGCCGCCCCCCCCCCCCCGCCCUCCCCCGGUACACGGGAACCUUCAGCGGCCGCAUGUAAGAAAAAGUGCUUGGGAAGUUGGGGGUUUUUCCUUUUUUUUUUUUUUCCC